UGUUGGUGGGUCUUUGAAAGAAGACUCGAUUUUCAUCCCAAGCUCUCAUUACACUCGGAGCCAAGAGAGUAGUCGGAGGGGCCAUUACUGCGAUCUGCCACAGGAGCACAAGCACCAUGGUGCGACCCUUUGGAGUCAUCCACAGCGAACCCAGGUCUGAGGAGACGGACAUGGUCGACAACGAGAUUGAGGAGGUGGAGUCCGCUGGCGAGGGGCGAGCAACCCAUCUCGGAGUGAUCCGUGAUGGGCUGACCACAUGCAAGAGGAGACGCCGACGUGGCAAGAAGGGCGGGAAGAAGCGCCGCAAGGGCCGCAGACGCAGAAGACGCGCUGCCCAGCCUGAUGCUUAAGCGACAGCGAUGUGCGACACGGUGCGGCACGAUGUGCCGGCCGGCCGCACUUGCCCCACGGAGUGCCCUUCAGGGCCUUCACUCCUUCGCAUGCAGAAACAUCUGGUGACCAUGUUGUGCGGCUUGGAUGGGGCAGAUCGGUCGGCCGGCCUUCAGCAAGAUCCACAGUCAGCUGCCAAUCAAGCAGGAUGCUCCUCUCAGAUGUGUGGGGGUAGAACUCUCUCUCUCUCUUAGAUGGGUGGCAUUACUGUCCCUGUAGGAUGUGAGAGUGGGAAUUCUCUCUCGAGAGAGAGAGACAGGUCUCAAAGCUACCUUAUGCUCUCGCCUGCUACCGUUAUAAGACCUACCAAGUAGUGGGAAAUCAUUUCGUCUUGAAGCUGCGCAGGCUCGCAGCAUGUCAUCGUGCCGUCGUGGAAGGAUGAUACUUUCCCACGUGCGUGCGUGUUGCUGACAGAAGAUCCCAGAGAGCGUGUGUGUGUGUGCGUGAGUGAGUGGGUUGUGUGUGUAACUGAGUGAGUGCGUAGGUGAGUUUGAGUAAGGGCCUUCAGGUGCUGAGAUAACCACUAGAGUAGGUGGGAGUAGAGUCAGCGUAGCGAGAGAGAGAGAGAGAGAGAGAGAGAGAGAGAGAGAGAGAGAGAGAGAGAGAGAGAGAGAGAGAGAGAGAGAGAG